AAAUAGGUCUUUCUGUAAGAACAUCAACAUCCCUUCCUAUACCUCUUGGUAGGGUCCCUUCGAUCCCUCAAAAGAGGGCCUCCCUCCUCUCCACCCAACCAGUCCUUCCUCUCCUCUUUGGAAUCAGAAUAUUUCUCUCAUAUUCUUCUGGCAUCUCUUUCCCUCCACAACUCUCUCUCUUCUUCUUUUUCUUUUCUUUUCUUUUUUUUUUUUUUUUUUUUUGCUCCCCCUAUAAGAAGUCUCUUUCUCUCUUUUCGUCCGGGGUUAGCUUAAACGAAGUCAAUUCGCACCAUGAGUUCUUCAGUUGUCGAGAUCAACGGUGAGCAGCUAGUCAACGGUCUUCAUGGGUUAUCCAUCCAAGACGAGGAUGACAUGCGAAGUAAAUCAGAGAUUGAGGAGAAGGGGUGUGGGAAUCAUGGUGGGAUCUGUGCGAUAUGCUUGGAUAAGAUAGCUCUUCUGGAGACUGCUCUUGUAAAAGGUUGCGAGCAUGCUUACUGCGUGACUUGCAUCCUUCGAUGGUCCACAUAUAGUCAGCAACCAACCUGCCCUCAGUGUAAAAAUCCAUUUGAGUUCCUCAACGUCCAUCGCUCACUCGAUGGCAGUAUCAAUGAUUACAUGUUUGAGGAGAGUGUCUGCCUACUUCUUAGAGCCACUUGGUUUAAACCUUUGAUUGUGGAGGAACGGGAAGACUUUUACGAUGAUCCUGAAGAUUAUUAUCCAUAUGAGGAUGACGAAGAUGAUUUAGAUGAAGUUUACUUCAGUAGCUCAGCGACUCUUCGUAUUGGUAAUCGAAGGUGGGGAGACAAUGGAUAUGUCAGGGCAGGGCGCCAGGAAGCGAGGCCAGUUUCCCGAUCAACUUUCCAGGACUCUGGUGCUGGUUCAUCCCGAGAACCUAAGGAGGCUGCGAAAGCUACAACAGGACGACGGGCAAAGAGGGCCCUUAAACGUGAAGCAGCUGAUAAGGCGGCUGCAGCAAAGCAUCAGCAGCGUCUGGUUAGGUUGGGCAGGACAUAGAGGCCUUCUCUGUAAUUACAUAGGCUGGGCCUUAAGCUUGAUGUGUCCUUGUACAGCAUUUCCUUGCUUUUAACUUUAUGAAAUAAUGUACCAUCACCUGAAAAAGAAAAAAAGAAAAAAAGAAAAAAAAAGGGCUUUGUAAGAUAAUGACAUGGUAGUAGGUUUGGUAUUCUGGUUGCAAUUAUUGGUUUAUGUAUCCAUUCAUGAUUUAGAUUUUUAAUCAUAUAACGUCUUAACAGUUAACAGUGCA